AUGAUAGUUUCGAUAUUUUUUUACUUGUUAUUUUUCAUCGGAUUUUCUGAUGAAUUGAAUAAUGGACUUGGUAGAACACCACAAAUGGGAUGGAAUAGUUGGUAUGGUUUUCGCUGUAGUGUCAAUGAAACCGGAGUUCGACAAACAGCAGAUGCUCUCGUAGCUACAGGUCUUGCUGCAGCUGGAUAUCAAUAUGUGAAUUUGGAUGAUUGCUGGCAAGGGAGCCGAGAUGCCGAAGGGAUAAUUCACUCUGAUCCAGAAAACUUUCCAACUGGUAUUCCAGCUCUUGUUGAUUAUAUUCAUUCGAGAAAACUCAAGUUUGGCAUCUAUUCAGAUAGAGGAAAUAUGACUUGUGGUGGUAGACCUGGUUCAUUGGGUUAUGAAACAAUAGAUGCUAAUACAUAUGCUCUUUGGGGUGUAGACUAUUUAAAACUUGAUAGUUGUCAUACAAAUGGAACUCCUCCCGCAGUCGAAUAUGCAAUUAUGCGUGAUGCAUUAAAUGCUACUGGAAGGCCUAUUUUCUAUUCUUUAUGUGGUGGUGUUACAAAAUAUGAUCUUUGGUUAUCUGAUGUUGGAAAUAGUUGGCGAACAGCAGACGAUAGUCAAGAUAAU